UUUUUGUUUUUCGUGUUUCUUUGGUUUCCUCCAACAUUUACGACGUAAACAAAAACAAUCGUUUCACCGCAACUUAUUUUCUUUAUUCUAAUUUUAUAUAGUUUGCAGACUUGUACUGCACAUCACUCAGCGAUGUAAAUAACAAAUUCUUUUCACUUUUCGUUGAGAGUCUAUAAAUAAAUGUCAAAAGUUAUUUCGGUGGUGGUUGUAAAUAUAGGUUUGCAGUGUGUGAAAUAUCGGUGUUAUGAUCGGUGAUAUAACUUUGAUUGAUCUUUUGCCGUGAAAUUGUUUGUUGAUAUCAAACAGUAAUUAACAAAAAAAAAGUGAAACGAUGGACAAAACAGCUCCUAUUCGAAAAGGGACGUGUAUUUUAACAGAAAAACCAUUUGUGUUCGCUCUCAAAUCAAGAUAUCGACAAGAGCGGUGCGAUUUCUGUUUUGCCGAAGGCAAAGUACUUAAGUGUUCUAACUGUUCCUACGUCUACUACUGCAAUCGACUUUGCCAGCAAGAAGCCUGGCCCGUUCACAAAACAGAAUGUUCUCAUUUGCGUACAAUUGCACCUCGAACACUGCCGGAUGCGGCACGAAUCUUAUCGCGUAUAAUUCUUAAGCUGAAUAAUGGGGGCGAAUACGAGAAGGGCUAUUACACGGGCAAGUGCUACAGAAGAUUCUCAGAUCUUAUGACACAUUUCGACGAACUAAAGCUUGAUGAAAAGCGAUUGGAGCACAUCGAGUGUCUCACAUCUGUUUUAACUCAACUGCUAGGACAGAAAUUGCUUCCGUCUCCGACUGAAUUGAUUCACAUUUAUGGAAAAAUGCUGGUCAAUGCUUUUAACAUUUUAGACCAAGAAAUGAACUCGAUUGGUACCGGCAUUUACCUGGGCGUUUCGAUAACCGACCACAAUUGCACACCGAAUGCGGUUGCCACAUUUGAUGGGACAACGAUUUUCAUUCGACUUAUCGAAGACAUUCCACGCUUGGAUUGGUCGAAAAUCUUCAUAUCCUAUGUGGACAUGCUCAGUACUCCCGACGAUCGUCGCACGGAGUUACAGAAAAAUUAUUUUUUCCUUUGUGAUUGUAUGCGGUGCCUCGAUCCGAUUGAGGCGACUGAAUCGAAUGCAGCUGCUUGUCCUAACAGUAAAUGCAACGAAUAUUUGGAUCUGCGUCGUUUGAUCGAUGCCUGUCCAAAAUGUAAUUUACCAAUAACGAACGAGUAUGCUGAACGGUUCCACGAAGUGGUCGAAUUUACAAAAAUGCAUCUGGAUAAGAUGAAGGACAUAGCAUAUUUGGAUAUUUGUAAAGUACUGCUGAAACAGCAGCACAACGUGUUACAUCCGUUUAAUGUGUGGCACUUGAAGACACUGGAAAGUGCGUUCGAAAGUGCAAUUAAUGUUGGUAAAUGGGACGAAGCAAUUGAAUACGGUAACGAACUUCUGCCGGGAUUCACAAAAUAUUCCGGCAAACUGAAUCCGUUGGUGGGAUUGAUCCACAUGAAGAUGGGCAAGAUUUUGUUGCAUCGAGAUCAGCGGAAAGAGGCUCUGCAUAAUUUGAACAAAGCUAGUGACAUCAUCAAAAUAAGUCAUGGGAAAGAGCAUCCUUUAUAUCAGCAACACCUUAUUCCGCUGUUAAUUGACGCAGCAAGCAGUCAGUAGUGAACCAUUGCAUUGCAUAUACGAAAGUUUAGUUGAAA